AUGGGUACUUAUAGGAAGAGAUGGAAUGAAAAGGCGCGUGCUGGGCAGAUGUCCAAGUUGAAAGAGUUGAAAAGGGUAAGAAAUAAGCAGUUUACCCGAGCAGCAGCAGCGGAUUCUGAUUCUGAGAAUGAUUCUGGUUCAGAUAAUGAUGAUUCUGGUUCAGAUUUAGAGUCAAAGAAGGUGCCUGAGGACACAAAUGUUGCGGUUUUGAAGCCUCUUACUGAGGAAGAGAAGCUAGAGAAGAAGCGUAAGUUGGAAGAGUUAUUCACUCCUAAGGAGACUAAGAUUUCGCGGACAAAAAAGAAGAGAUUGGAGAAGUUUAUCGAGCAUCAAUUGAAGAGAGAAGAAAAAAAGGUUUUGAUUGAGAAGCUUCAGGAUUACAAAAUAGAUACCUCUCUUUUGACGAGUUCUAAGAACCUUGGUCACGGACGGAAAACGAAGAGACAAGAGAUAGAGGAGGCUUUGAAGCUUGAAAAGCAGGGAUUGGCAGAUGAAAAGACCAAGGAGAUUCUAUAUGAUGAGGUAGAGGUGAAAGAUUGGUAUGCUGACCAUCCUGAUAGUGCUGGCGAGUCAGAUCGUGAGGAGGAGGACGACGAGUUUUCGGAAGUAAAAUCGGGUGGAUUCGUUGAUAACAGACCUAGUAAAUUCGGCGGUUCUGGUUUCGGUUUCGGUUUUGCUAAUGCGAAGGUUGUUACUAAGAAGACGCCAAAGAAGAAGUACAACUGGAGACAAAAAGUGGAGCAAGAAGAGCGUAAGAGACGAAAACAGGAUGAUGAUCAGGACUUCUCUUCCAGUGAGGAUGAGGAUGAGGAUGAGGAAAGCGAAAAUGAAGACUCUGUAGAUGUAUCAUCAGAAAAUAAUGAAUCAUCAAGCGGUGAUGAAGAACAAGAGGAAUCUGACGAAGAAGAGGAAGAAGAGGAAUCAAAAACCACAGUUGCUGAGGAAUUCAAACAAUGGGCUAACCAGGAGAUUAAAAAACUUGAAGGAAGAGACGUAGAAGCAGUAAUGCCAAAAUUGGACAUCAAAGUCGAGAGGACUGAAAGAAUAGAGGAUAUGGAUGAUGGUUUACAAGGUGAUAACUUCAAUGUCGAUGAGAAUCUAAAACGUAAAGCAUUUUAUGUGAAAGUUCAGAGGUCUGAUGAGGUUCAGCUAGUUAGAACCGCACUUCCAGUUUUCGCUGAAGAGUAUAGAAUUAUGGAAGCUAUUAACCAUAAUGAUGUAGUUAUCAUUUGUGGUGAAACAGGUUCUGGUAAAACUACACAAGUACCGCAGUUCUUGUAUGAGUCCGGUUAUGGUAAUUCCUCAUCUGCUGACACUCCUGGCAUGAUAGGUAUUACUCAACCCAGAAGAGUUGCUGCGGUUUCCAUGGCUAACCGUGUUUCUAAUGAAAUGGGUGAUCAUGGUGAAUAUGUUGGAUACCAGAUUCGUUUUGACUCUUCCACCAAACAGGACACCAGAAUGAAAUUCAUGACUGAUGGUGUUCUUUUAAGAGAAAUGAUGAACGAUUUCAAACUUACGAAAUAUUCUUCAAUUAUCAUUGAUGAAGCUCAUGAACGGAAUAUUAACACAGAUAUCCUAAUUGGUAUGUUAAGUCGAUGUGUUAGACUACGUGCAAAAGAACAUGCUCAGGAUCCAGUCAAAAACAAAAAGUUAAAGCUAAUUAUCAUGUCCGCUACUUUAAGGGUUUCGGACUUCAGUGAAAAUCCAGCAUUAUUCCCUACACCACCACCAGUGUUAAAGGUUGAUGCAAGACAAUAUCCAGUGGCAGUUCACUUUAACCGUAAAACUAAAUUCGAUUAUGCCGAAGAAGCAUUCAGAAAGACCUGUAAAAUCCAUCAAAGAUUGCCUCCUGGGGCUAUCCUAGUGUUUAUGACUGGUCAGCAGGAAAUUACCCACAUGGUUAAAAGGUUGCGUAAAGAAUUCCCAUUCCCCAAGAGACAAAGCUUAAUUCAAAAAGACAAUAUUCCAACAGUGAGAGUAGAUGCAGCAACUGCAGAUGUUGAAGCUGAAGAUGUUGAUUUCAGUGUCGCGGUCAAAGAGGAGAUGCAGUUUGAAGAAGACUUGCCCUCGGAUGAAGAAGGUUCAGACGCGGAAGAGGAAGAGGAAGGUUUCGAAGAAACUUUGGAAGAAGGACAAACCGAUAGAGACCCAUUAUAUGUUCUUCCAUUGUAUUCUUUGCUACCUACUAAAGAACAGAUGAAGGUUUUCAGAGAUCCUCCGCCAGGUUCUAGAUUGUGUGUUGUUGCUACUAACGUUGCAGAAACAUCUUUGACAAUCCCUGGUGUUAGAUAUGUCGUGGACUGUGGUAGGUCUAAAGAACGUAAAUUUGACGAGACUACUGGUGUUCAAAGUUUCGAAAUUGACUGGAUCAGUAAGGCAUCUGCAGACCAAAGAAGUGGUAGAGCUGGUCGUACAGGUCCUGGUCACUGUUAUCGCUUGUACUCUUCUGCUGUUUAUGAAAGAGAUUUUGAGCAGUUCUCAAAACCUGAAAUUUUGCGUAUGCCUGUUGAGAGUAUUGUUCUUCAGAUGAAGAGUAUGGCAAUUCAUAACAUCAUUAACUUCCCAUUUCCAACUCCUCCAGAUCCAUCUGCACUAGCCAAGGCGCAAAAGCUUUUGCAGUAUCUAGGUGCACUAGACAACAACGAAAGAAUAACUGAGGACGGUAGAGCUAUGAGUUUAUUCCCAUUGAGUCCAAGAUUUGCCAAGAUGCUUCUAGUUGGUAAUGAAAACGACUGUCUAAAGUACGUCGUCACAAUUGUCAGUGCUCUAUCAGUUGGUGAGCCAUUCUUAUCGGAACAAGAGCUUGGUAUCUCUAGCUUUAUCCCUGAUGCUAAUGCAUCUAAUAAGGAGAACGCAAACAAAGAUGAAGAUGAUGAUGAAGACGUGAAAAGAUCCGUAGUCGAAGAUCCAGUAGACCACGAGGCUGAAGAGAGAAAGAGAGCACUUCGUACUAGAUACAUCAAGAGUAGUAUGAAGUUCAAUAAGCUCGAUAAGUUUAGCGAUGUUUUAAGGCUCCUAAGUGCCGUCUCAGCACUUGAUUACAUUCCUAAGGAACAGCAUUACUCUUUUAUGCAUAAAAAUUUCUUAAGAGAAAAGACCAUGGAAGAAAUCCUAAAACUCAGGAAGCAAGUCAUGUUUAUCAUAAAAUCUGUCACAUCAAAGGAAAGUGUUGCUGUUCAAGUCAAGGAUGAAGAUCUGAAGAGCUCCGUCCCUACAGAAACCCAAAUAAAAUUACUAAAGCAAAUGAUAACAGCAGGGUUUAUCGAUCAAGUGGCUAUCCGUGCCGAUCAACUUUUCCCAGAAGAUGUAACGAUCAACAAAAGCAACAUAUCGAGUAUACCUUAUGUGCCAGUUCUUGCUGAGAAAACUUCGGAAGUUGAGGAUCUAUUUGUCUACAUUCACCCAAAUUCUAUCCUCAACCAAUGCGGGGAACAACCACCAAAAUACUUGGUUUUCCACUCUUUGCAUAUCAACAGUAACAACGAAAGAGCUAAAACAAGAAUGAAAACAUUGUGUGACAUAAAAAGCACACCGCUAGCAAACGUAGCCAGAAAAGGCUCAUUGCUCACUUACGGGAAACCGAUCACGGGCCAAGGUCUAAAACCAAUCGACAUUUCUCCCACAGAAAGAUACUGUUACGUCGUACCUAGGUUCGGCUCUCCCAACGAUAGUGAUAUCAAAAUUGGUUGGGAACUUAACCCAAUUCCUGUGCAUCAAGUGAAAGAGCAUGGUGUAUGGACGGUUAAAAAGCUUCUAACUCCAAAGGCUUUCAAAAGUCACCAAGUCAAGCAUUAA